GCGCGCGCCACACCCGCCUCGGCCACAGGCCCACGGCCGAGGCCUUCGCCUCCCCCGAUGACCCAGACCCAGGCGCGCGCGCCCAGCCCUCCGCACCUGCACAGCGCGCGCCGAGGGCGCUACUGCGCUAGCCUCCAAAGCUCCCCAGCCCAAACCCGUGGCGCGCCGUCGCGCACGCCCACCACCAACCACAGGGAGAGGGCGGGGGGCGCGCCACCAGCCUAAUCCCCACGCGGGCGGGUAGAUAACGGCCGCGGCACGGGAAUGAAGGGCGAGAGGUAGGGGAAGGAGCGGAGAGCACAGAGCAUCAGUCCAAGAAGCGCGGAGCGGGGAGGGGAGGCAUGGCGGAGGAAGGGGAGGAGGCCGUGCCGCCGGCCGCGGUGGUGGGCGAGGACGCGGGCGAGGCGGAGGCGGAGGCGGGGGAGCAGCAGGACUUCGGGCUGCCCGCGGAGCUGGUGGCGGUGCUGCCGUCGGACCCGUUCGCGCAGCUGGACGUGGCGCGCAAGAUCACCUCCAUCGCGCUGUCGUCCCGCCUCGGCCGCCUCGAGGCCGAGGCGGCGCGCCUGCGCGCGCAGCUCGCCGAGCGCGACGCCGAGGCCGAGGACCUCCGCGAGCGCGUCGAGCAGCUCGACGCCGCGCUCGCCGUCGCCACCGGCCGCCUCCGCCGCGUCGAGGAGGAGAAGGAGACGCUGGUGCGCGAGAACUCUUCACUGUCCAACACUGUCAGGAAGCUGAACAGAGACGUCGCCAAGUUGGAAGUUUUCAAGAAGACACUUGUGCAGUCGCUCCAGGAAGAUGACGGCAUUGAUACUACUGCUCCCAUGGCAAGAGUUGCCGCAAGUCCAAAUUUCUCCUCUGCUCCAUCAGAUGAAGAUUCUGCACUCCAAACUUCCAAAUCGCCACAGUUCUCAGAAACUGCAAGUUCAGUUUCAGAGGGAAGUAGUCAAGUUGACCCAGAUGCACCUAGGUUACCACGUCCACAUGUUUUUUUGCCGUCAUACAACAACACACCAAAGCUGACUCCCCCAGGCUCACCACCAAGGCGACAUUCGAUCUCCAUUACAUCAAUGAAUAUGUUUAAUGACAGGUCCUCAGGCUAUUCUGGUAACUAUAGCUCUCCAUUUGAUGCGGCAAGUCAAACAGGACGAACGAGAGUUGAUGGCAAAGAAUUCUUUCGUCAGGUCAGAAACCGCUUGUCUUAUGAGCAAUUUGGCGCAUUCCUGGCUAAUGUGAAGGAACUGAAUGCAUACAGGCAGACCAGAGAGGAUACAUUAAGAAGGGCGGAUGAAAUCUUUGGUCCCGAAAACAAGGACCUGUACACCAUCUUUGAGAGUCUAAUUACUCGUAACGUUCAGUAGACUCCUCGAGUCUGAAACAAUUCCCAUGACUGCUAGUGAUCCAUGUUUUACUGGUAUAUUGUGAUUAUAUGUUGAUCAAAUUUUGCAUUUCUUGUCUGUAGUCUGUUAAAGAUUCUUGGUAUAUAGUUUCCUCAUUAUUUUUUUCUUAUGCCCAUAUAGUCAUGGGUUGUCUGUAAGCUACAAUUUAUACACUUCAAUACGAAUGGAGUAUUGGAAUAAA